AUGUCUGCCGACUCGUAACGUCCACCUUCUUUCUGUCUCCAGAGUCCACCGGGACGGCCAAGGUGGUGAGAGCGGGGAACCCCCCCAAGGCCCGCCGAGGAGGAAAGGUCGGAGAUUUCGCAGACGCCAACAGCUGGCCGACACCCGGGGAGAUGGCAACUAAAGACCUGCAGGUCGAGGCGGUGACACGCACUGAGUCCUGCCCGCCGCCUGUCAGGCCGGUCAGAGACUCGUGGAGAUUCACUGCUCCGAAGAAGACUACGGCGACAUCGUCGACUGUGAAGAAGGAGGCGAAGGAGAAGAGGGAGAGCAACGAGGAGAGCAAGGAGAACCUGAAGGCGAAGUCGGACGACUCCGGAGAGGAAAAAAACGGAGAGGACGACUCCCAGAAGAACGGACCCAAGAAAAAAGGAAACAAGCACAAGUGGGUCCCGCUGAUGAUCGAGGUGAAGUCCGAGGGGCCCAGGGAGCGUUCGGCCUCCAGGAACAACAGCCGCCAGAACGAACCCCCCCGCCUGCCCCCCAACGCCAGGAACGACCUCAGAGACUGGCACAGUCAGAAGUAUGAGUGGCAUGACGACCACGACGAGGUGUCCAGCGUGAAGAGCGAGGGGGCGCCAUUCCGCGGAGGCUUCAGGGGUCGCGGCCGCGGCAGAGGACGAGGACGAGGAAGAGGGGGGAGAGGAGGAAGAGGCCACUAUGACUACCACUACAGCUACAAGUCCUACGACGGCAAGGACGGGCCCUCGGCCCAGAAGUUCGGCACCGCGGUGACCUACUACUACGACAACAUGAGCAGCAGCGACCUUUACUCCGCCGACCAGGACAUGCUGAAGGACUACAUCAAGAGGCAGAUCGAGUACUACUUCAGCCUGGACAACCUGGAGCGAGACUUCUUCCUGCGGAGGAAGAUGGACCAGGAGGGCUUCCUGCCCAUCGGACUGGUGGCCAGCUUCCACCGGGUGCAGGCCCUCACCACCGACGUCCACGUCAUCAUGGAGGUGAGCGCCGCCAGACGGGACAUUCUGCCCAAAGGGGCUUCAAACGUUGUGGCAGAUGAAUCCAUCUUUAAUGUGAUUAAGGUCACACGACGAUUUCAUUUUCUCACUUAAUUUGAGAUUUGACAA